UUAGAUGCAUGUUUUGAAUCGGAGAGAAACGGCUAGAAAGAGUCUGAAUAAGUCUGAAGUGAAGGGUGAUCCUGUUUCAUGUUUAAUUGUAGGUUUUUGCCGCUAUCUACAACAUUACUGAAGUAGAAAAUACUGGGAAUUGACGAUGAGAAAGAGUGAGGUGCUCGCAGCUGAGUCUGUGGCUUGCCUGAAUAAAGCUCUCUGUCAGCUUAAGGACAUUUGGGAAGAGAUAGGAAUACCGGAAGACCAGAGACUGCAGAGAACCAAUGUGGUCAAGAAUCACAUUAAGGGUCUGCUAGACAUGAUGAUCGCAGAGGAAGAAUCUCUUAGGACAAGAUUGUUGAAAAGCAUCGAAGCCUGUCGCAAACAAUUGGAUACACUGUGCUUGGAACUGCAGCUACACCCCUUUGAGGAGGAGCGUGGCAUCACCAUGCUACAGCAGGAGAAGGACAUCCGGACCCACGUUGAGGUGUUGGUGAAGGAGCGGAGCCAGAGGAUGCAGCAGCUCAAGGCCCUGACGGAGCGUGACCAGGACCUGUGUGACAUCCUUUGCUCAGAGGCUUACUCCCUUAACCCCAGCACCGUGCCCUCCCUGGAGCAGCUGGAUGACUUCCGCCAGCACAUCGCGAGGCAGACUGCAGAGAAGGAGCGUCGGCAUGCUGAGUUUGUCAGCAUCAAGAGGCAGAUCGUUCUGUGCAUGGAGGACCUGGACCAGCUGCCAGAGACCAGCUUUGAGAAAGACAUAGUCUGUGAGGAUGAGGAUGCCUUUUGCCUGUCCAACGACAACAUUUCCUCGCUCAAACUCCUCCUCGCCCAACUGGAGGGGAGGAAGGCUGAGAACGAGGCUGUCUGUGAGGCUCACAGGGAGCAGAUCCAGGAGCUGUGGGACAGGCUGCAGGUUCCUUUGGAGGAGAGGGAGCUCCUCUCAGAACACAUGGUCGCCUCCAAGAAGCAGAACCUGGAUGCUUUAGAAGCAGAGCGGAGGCGUCUGGUGGAGCUCAAAUUACUGAACAUUCGUAAUGUUAUUGAAGCCAUCCGCGCAGAGAUCGCUGUGUUCUGGGAGAAAUGUUUCUUCAGUAGAGACCAGCGUCAGGCCUUUGCUCCUUAUUUCAGCGAGGACUUUACAGAGGAGCUGUUGGAGCAGCAUGACGCUGAGAUUCUAAGGCUCAAGCAGCACUUCCAGGACCACCAGGAGCUGUUUGAAGGGGUUCACCGCUGGGAGGAGAGCUGGAGACUCUUCAUAGAACUGGAGAAAAAAGCCACAGACCCCACCAGGUUUACCAACAGAGGAGGGAAUCUGCUUAAAGAGGAGAAACAGAGAGCAGAGCUCCACAAAAGUCUGCCGAAGCUUGAAAAGAAGCUGAAGGCUCAGAUUGACGUGUGGGAGCAGGAGCAAGCCAGGGAGUUCCUGGUGAAUGGGCAGAAGUUUCUGCAGUUUGUGGAGGAGCAGUGGGAGCUACACCGCAUAGAGAAAGAGAAUGAGAAACUGGAGAGGCAACUAAAAAAGAACAAGCAGAUUGAGGAAGAUAUGCUGUACGGGACCACUGUCAGGACCCCUACCAAGCGGAGGUUCCUCUGUAACGCUACCCCCAGCAAAACACGAAAGCUUAAUGGCACAACCUCCAGCCUCUCCAGUGUCCACUCUAACAGCACUGUGCGCUCAGCCUAUGUGGGAACUGUCUGUCACUCCCCCGCCCGCCCCCCUCUGUCCCUUAACAAGGCUCCGUCAGGGCGUACUCCUGGUCGCGGGAAGCCUCCUCUCGUGGGACUGCAGGAACGGAACAAGGAGAACAAUGGCCAGGUGACUGAGUUCGGAGGCCCUCUGCAGAGCGGUGGGUUUAGGACCCAGGCUAGUCCGCAGCGUAACUUCAGCAUUACCUCUGUUGCCAGUACUUAUUCAGAGUUUGCGACGGGCUUAAUCAAUACUGUAAUUGAAUCUGUUCCAUCAAGCGAGACCUCUCCAAAGCCAAUAACACCAAGAGCAAGCCAGACAUACUGAACUCCACCAUCACCCACCUUUGAUGCCCUGAAACUAGGACAACGUGGUUGGUUCAGUGACAUUCAACCAAAUUCCCAGCGUCUCUGAUUCUGAAGUCUUGGAUAUUUUUGUUGGUGCCUGUGUUUCUGUAUAAAUGAAGGUAAUAAUAUAAAUGUUUGUAACAUAACAUUUAAGGUCAUGUAAUGAAAUGUAUCAUUUUGUAACUAACACUAUUUUUUUUUUUUAAAGCUAUGAACAUGUUCCUUGUGUGUAAGAUUGAGCUAAACAAAAUGGUUGCCUUCAUCUCGCGCUCCACAAAGGUUUUGGCUUUUGGACUUUAUAUAUAUACCCAAAGCACACUGAUCAUGGAUAUUUUGCACAAAUUUCUGCUGUAUAUUAGAUUAUUUGACACUUUCUCUGUAUUUAUGUACAUCUACUUGCAAUCCCGUUUGAUUUCAAACUUGUCUGUAUGUUGAGAAACAAUGUUGUAUAGUUACUUUAAUUGCCUCAACUGUAAUUAGCUUUAAUUGGUUAUGUUCGUUUGUGAUCAACAUUGUCUGUCAAAUACCUCUAAUCUAAUUCAAGAAAUAAAUCUA